UUAGUUCCGCCUCUUUCAUUGAUGAAAUUUAAAUUCUUGUGGUUUCUGCCUCUUAACCAGUUUGUCCCAGACCUUUAUUUCCGAGGACAGAUGCACGAAGGAUCAGGGAGGAAUCGGGCAGGCGCCGGAGCCUCGUAGAAUUCCUUUGGAGGCUGGGGCGGGAGGGGGAAGCCGCGGGCGAUUUUUUACCUUUGGGUUUGGUUGGAUUUUUUUUUACUAAAAUAGCCUUUUCACUUAACUGAUUCUUUAUAAACUGUUUAAGUAACAGCUGAGAAAUAGCUGUUGUUAAUAGCAACAAAGCGACAAGAACAACUCCCUCCCCACCCCAUUUUCCUGAGCUAUUUCUUUUUUUGUUCCUGAUCGCGAGGGAAGGGGAUCUUACAUUUUUAUAUUUUGUAAUAGAACUGUAUUUUCAUAAAGAUUCAAAAUGUCGUCGUUUGUAAAAGACUAUAGCAAAGCGAUGUCUCAGGCCGGUACUUCCCCGUUCCAGGAAGCAAUUAGACAAGAACUGGAAUAUUCCAUGAAAGUGGAACUGGACAAAAUACUAGCAACAGCACCACAGAAUGAGCUAGAGCACACUAAGAAAGACCUGGAAGGGUUUAAAAAGCUCUUUCAUAGAUUCUUACAAGAAAAAGGACCUUCUGUGGAUUGGGGGAAGAUCCAGAGACCUCCAGAAGAUUCUAUACAACCCUAUGAGAAGAUAAAAGCUAGAGGAUUACCUGAUAACAUAGCUUCUGUUUUAAACAAGCUAGUUGUGGUGAAACUCAAUGGUGGCUUGGGUACCAGUAUGGGAUGUAAAGGCCCCAAAAGCCUUAUUGGUGUGCGGAAUGAGAAUACCUUCCUGGAUCUGACUGUUCAGCAAAUUGAGCAUCUCAACAAAACCUACAAUACAGAUGUUCCUUUGGUGCUAAUGAACUCCUUCAACACUGAUGAAGACACCAAAAAAAUCUUGCAAAAAUACAGCCACAGUCGUGUGAAAAUCUACACUUUUAAUCAAAGCAGGUAUCCACGAAUUAAUAAGGAGUCUUUACUACCAAUAGCAAAAGAUGUGUCUUACUCGGGAGAGAAUACAGAGGCUUGGUAUCCCCCAGGCCAUGGGGAUAUCUACGCAAGUUUUUAUAAUUCUGGAUUGCUGGAUAAUUUUAUUACUGAGGGGAAGGAGUACAUUUUUGUGUCUAACAUAGAUAAUCUUGGUGCCACUGUUGAUCUCUACAUUCUUAACCAUCUCAUGAAUUCACCAAAUGGAAAACGCUGUGAAUUUGUUAUGGAGGUCACCAACAAAACAAGGGCAGAUGUUAAGGGUGGUACGCUCACACAAUAUGAAAACAAACUGAGACUGGUAGAAAUAGCUCAGGUGCCAAAACCACAUGUUGAUGAAUUCAAGUCUGUUUCAAAAUUCAAAAUAUUCAACACAAACAAUCUAUGGAUUUCAUUAUCUGCAAUUAAGCGGCUACAGGAGCAAAAUGCUAUUGAUAUGGAAAUUAUUGUCAAUCCAAAGACUUUAGAUGGUGGUUUAAAUGUUAUUCAGCUGGAGACUGCUGUUGGUGCUGCUAUUAAAAGUUUUGAGAAUUCUUUGGGAAUAAAUGUGCCCCGUAGUCGUUUCCUGCCUGUGAAGACCACAUCUGAUCUUCUACUUGUGAUGUCUAACCUAUAUAGCCUCAAUGCUGGAUCUUUAACAAUGAGUGAGAAAAGGGAAUUUCCUACAGUGCCACUGGUCAAACUGGGAAGCUCUUUCACCAAGGUUCAAGAUUACCUAAGGAGGUUUGAAAGUAUCCCGGAUAUGCUUGAACUGGAUCAUCUUACUGUUUCAGGGGAUGUCACAUUUGGCAAAAAUGUUGCAUUAAAGGGAACAGUCAUCAUUAUAGCAAACCAUGGUGACAGGAUCGAUAUCCCACCAGGAGCAGUUCUGGAAAACAAAAUUGUCUCUGGUAAUCUUCGGAUCCUGGACCACUAAGAUGAUGUGAACGGAUACAGUUGCUGCUGGUAAUCUACUGGAAUGGUUUCAGAAAUGGAAGAAUUCCAUAGGCAUUAGAUUUGUACACAAAAGCUCUAUAUAGUUAGCUAUCUACUCACUGUACCUACAGUAUUAUUUCUAAAUAAUUUUUCUGUCCUUUCUUCUAAUUGAAAGAAUAUUUAAGGAGGUAGAAAUCCUUAAAUGACUAUAUAAUUCAGUUAAUAAAAUCUGAAGUGCAAUAUUGUUUGUCUUAAAAAAAGACAGGCAGCUUUUGUGUAAGAUGUUCAACAGGCUAAUCUAAUGUUCAGUCAAUUUUGAAUUGCUUAUAAUUAAAAAAAGCUGUGAAGCAAUACACUGUUAACUAUUAAAUGCAAAAAUGUGAUGAAAUGUAACACCCACCCAUGCUAGACACCCAGAUGUUUUGCUACUAAGACAUGUUCAAAAUGGAACAUUCUUUGCCUUCCUCCCUCCCUCUUCACAGACGGUUCAAUAUCUCACAUCUGUUUUGCUUCUUAAAAGCUGCAGUUGUUGUGCUCUUGUGUUUGACAGAAACGCCAGGAACAAAACAUCUGAAUGGUUACUUUUGUCACCAUCAUGUAGCAUCACUCUUAAGCUGCUGAGAAUUGCAUUCUACUUUUAAAUGCAGAACAGGUUACCUCUUCAGUGUACUCAUGUUUGUACAGUUAAAAUUGUGCAUUAAUACUGAUGUGGCAACAAAUUUCACAUGUGUACAGGUACUGAAAUAAAAGAAUAUGAAGCCCCCGUUCUUGAUA